ACUGGUUGAACAUUAUGCAAACAAAGAAACUUGUAAACAGCAGCAAUCAUCAUACUCAAAUACUCAUUUCUGUACAUUGUAAAAGCACAAAAAAAAAUAGAUGUUAGACAAACGAUAAAAACGCGCAUCAAAUAUCAGUAUUGUGUUUCAUUGGCAUAAGCUGGUAUCGUGGUUUAUUGUAUGCAGUGCGAUAAAAAACGACGUAGUGGGGCAUCAAGGGUCGUCUGUAUAUAAAAACAGAUUUAUUUUGCAUCGAUGAGAGUGCAGUUAUGACAGUUUCGUUGGAUUCAUUUCGAUAAGCCUCGCAUAGAUAAACGCAUCCUCAUCCAAUUAUAAUCUUCAUUUAAUUGUUGUAGUUUUUACCAAUUAUGGAGCAAGCUGAGAGUACAUUCCGUUUUGUGUACAGUUCGUCACUAGAUCAUAAAGUCACGAUUAAAAUUGGCACAUUGGAAGGUUUGAAACACAAGCCAAACUAUGAAAAACUGCUAGAAAAUCCAUUGCUUCGUUUUUCGGGCUUAUAUUUGGACCAAUGCCCACCGUUGUUGGUGCGAUUACAAUUGUUUAAUAAUGGAGAACCAAUCGGAUUGCCUGUGACCACAUCGUACAAGGCAUUCACCAAGCGAUACAAUUGGAAUGAAUGGGUGACCUUGCCACAUUUGUUUAGUGAAUUGCCACGAACGGCCAUGUUGGCAAUAACAAUAUUGGACUGUGCUGGUGCUGGCAAAAUGACAGUCGUUGGCGGCACAACAAUCUCUUUGUUUGGAAAAAAUGGCGUCUUUCGUCAGGGAAAUUUCGACUUGAGAGUUUGGGCAGAUACAGAAGCGGAUGGAAAUUUGAGCACAACAACACCGGGCAAGGGGAAAGAUAAUUCAAAAAAUCAAAUGCAACGUUUGGCCAAACUGGCAAAGAAACAUCGUAACGGUCAAAUACCGAAAGUCGAUUGGCUCGAUCGUUUAACGUUUCGUGAAAUUGAGAUGAUAAACGAACGUGAGAAAAGCGAAUCCGAAAAUAUGUUCUUGUUAAUUGAAUUUCCGACGGUUUUAUGCGAACAAACAAAUCAAACGUAUUCCAUUGUAUAUUUUGAGCCCGAAGGAGAUCUUCAUUACAAAUUCAAUUCGAAACCGAAACUGGUAACCGUGCCGGAUACAGAAAUAUUGCAGGAAAAUUUGAUCGAGCGAAAACAUCAUAAAUUGGCACGUUCGGCACGUUCGGGAUUAAGUGAUCGUGAUGCAAAACCAACGGCAAAAAUUCGAGAUAGAUUGCAUACAAUCAUAUGUUAUCCACCAACGAAACCAUUGACAAGCGAAGAACAAGAUUUAGUGUGGAAAUAUCGAUUUUAUUUAACGAAUAACAAAAAAGCGUUGACGAAAUUUUUGAAAUGCAUCAAUUGGGAAACGAAUUCUGAAGUGAAACAGGCUAUUAUUAUGCUACAACAAUGGACACCAAUGGAUGUUGAAGAUGCACUUGAACUUCUCAGUCCAACAUUUACACAUCCAGCAAUUAGGGGAUAUGCAAUAACACGAUUGAAGCAGGCUCCAGAUGACGAUUUAGUAUUGUAUUUGCUGCAAUUGGUUCAAGCCUUGAAAUAUCAGAAUUUUGAUGACAUUGAGGAGGCAUACAAUCAAAUAGCCGUAGAUAGUGAUGUCAUCAAGUCCAUUGACAGUGAUAACUUUGAAAAUAGUAGUUUUUCAUCGAAUACUGACUCACAUCAGCAGCCAACACAUUCCGAUACUCAUUUAACCGUACAGUCAUUGCAACAGCAUCAAAAACACAGUUCGAUGGACAAAAGCCAAGGAUUCACAUCGCAAGCAGAUGGUGGUGGAAGCUCAUUUGGUGGUGCAAUGCAUAUGAGUCGGAAUACUAUUGCCAGCAAUGCAACCGAUUUAAAUGUGACCACAUCUCAGGUUGAUCAGUCAAAUGCCAGUCAAACGUUGAUAAGCGAGUCAUCGUUGCUGGCCACUUGCAAUUUAGCAACAUUUUUAAUCCAACGAGCAUGUAAGAAUCCAACACUAUCCAAUUAUCUCUAUUGGUAUUUAUAUAUUGAAUGCGAAACGCAUGAUACGAUUCGUAAGCAAGACGAAAGAGUAAAACAUAUGUAUGAAACUGUGUUGAAAAUCUUCAAACGUACCCUAAUGUCAAAUGCUGAACUGAAGGCGAUCAAAGUUAAUUUGGAAAAGCAACAAUUAUUCAUUGAGGAAUUGGUGAAACUUGUCAAGAUUGUGGCCAAAGAAUCGGGCAAUCGCAAGAAAAAGUGUGAAAAAUUUCAACAACUAUUAGGUGACAGCGAUGCAUUUCGCAUUAAUUUUUCAAAUUUUGACCCCAUUCCAUUGCCACUUGAUCCAUCGGUCAUUAUUCGUGGAAUUGUUCCCAUGAAAGUGUCAUUGUUUAAGAGCGCCUUAAUGCCAGCAAAAUUAAGCUUUAUCACCGAUACCGAUGAAGAAUACGUGGCUAUUUUCAAGUACGGCGAUGAUUUGCGUCAAGAUCAAUUGAUUCUACAAAUGAUUACGCUGAUGGAUAAAUUACUGCAAAGAGAAAACAUGGAUUUGAAACUCACACCAUAUCGCGUACUGGCAACGAGCUAUAAACACGGUUUUAUGCAGUACGUUGAUUCGAUAACAGUUGCUGAGGUGCUUGCCACAGAAGGAAGCAUUCAAAAUUUCUUCAAAAAACAUCAUCCAUGCGAAAAUGCACCGUACGGCAUUGCACCCGAAAUAAUGGAUACGUACAUUCGUAGCUGUGCUGGAUAUUGCGUCAUCACAUACUUGUUGGGUGUUGGAGAUCGACAUUUGGAUAAUUUACUGUUAACCACUUCGGGAAAAUUGUUCCAUAUCGAUUUUGGGUACAUUCUGGGCCGCGAUCCAAAACCAAUGCCACCGCCUAUGAAACUCAGCAAAGAAAUGGUCGAAGGAAUGGGUGGAAUUUACACUGAUGAUUAUCAUGAAUUUCGAAAAUAUUGUUACACAUCAUUCAUACAUUUGAGACAGCAUGCCAAUGUCAUCUUGAAUUUAUUCACUUUGAUGAUUGAUGCAUCUAUUCCGGAUAUCGCCCUUGAGCCGGAUAAAGCAGUGAAAAAGGUUGAAGAAAAUCUUAAACUUAAUCUAGAUGAUGAAGAAGCGGUUCAACAUUUACACGGUUUGUUAGACGCAUCGAUUUCCGCAGUAAUGCCAGCACUUGUUGAGCAACUUCAUAAAUUGGCACAAUAUUGGCGAAAAUAAGGACAAUUCCAUGUCGAAAUUCGAAUAUUUUGCAAUUAAAAUGGAAUAUACUGAAUCGCUGGUUAACAAUAACAGAUAUAAGAAAAGAGUAUGUCAUUUUUUUUAAUUUAUGCGAUAUUUUAUUUAUCAUCAAUUUCUAACUGAAAAACCAAUAAAUAAAGUAUAUUUUCUAAAUAAAACCAA